AAGCAUUCCCAAGUGCCUCCAGAAACUGACGCCUCUGAACUCUCAGGAGGAGGAGAUCAAAAAACGCAACCCGAAACGUUCCUUACCAUUUCGGCGCCAAAAUAGCGUUAUUAACGGAAGCGUUUUCUCUCCCUCUCCUCCCACCUCCGUCCUGUCUCACCACGCAUCCCAUCCCUCCAUGGCGACCGACGAACCCGGUUCAGCGCCGACCGGCGAGAACUCGCUCGCAUGCACGGUAACCUUCGGCCGGUCCAGCUUCGUCGGCCGGUCGCUGGUCUCUGCCCUACUCAAAUCCGGCCGCUGGACCGUCCGGAUCGCGGACCCCCUCCCCCUUCCCGAUCCCUCCUCCGACCCACUCCUUUCCGACUCGAUCGGGUCCGGCCGGGCCUCUUACUUCCAGGUCGACCUCCGCGACGGCUCCCAGCUCCGUCCCGCCGUUGCUGGCUCCGUCGCCGUCUUCCACGUCGCCCAUCCCGCGGUUCUGUCACCACCGCCGCCGCCGUCGGACUUCUACCGUCACUAUACGGAGACCGUCCAGGGCGCCAAGAACCUUAUCGCCGCCUGCCGGGCGUGCGGCGUCCGGCGGUUCGUGUACACCGGCUCUGCUGACGUGGUCUUCGACGGGGUGCACGGGAUCGACGGCGGCGAUGAGUCGUUGCCCUACCCCGAUAGGUUCAAAGACGUUUUGAAUGAAUUGACGGCGCAAGUGGAGAUGUUGGUGUUGAAUGCUAACGGGAGGGAUGGGUUAUCAACGUGUGUGUUGCGCCCCAGCAAUCCGUUCGGGCCGGGAGAUUCGAGUUUUCUGCCGUUAAUCGUGGCGACGGCAAGACUGGGCGUUGCUAAGUUUAUCAUAGGAACUGGUAAAAAUAUGUGUGACUUCACAUAUGUGGAAAACGUGGCCCAUGCCAAUAUUUGUGCAGAGCAAGCUUUACGUUCAGAGUCAAUCCCUCUAGCUGGAAAGCCACUUUUCAUAACUAAUCAUCAACCUGUGAAGCUUUGGGAUUUUAUCUCUAACAUGCUGGAAGGGUUGGGAUAUCAAAGCAGGCCUACAAUUCAUCUUCCUGUCAAGCUUGUCUUGCUUGCUGUUGUGCUGGCCAAUGAAGUUCGCGAGAAGCUGGGCUUUGGCGUAAUAGCCAGUCCACUAUUUUCUCCUGCAAUCAUUUCCACUCUCUCAUGCUCGAGGACUUUCAAUUGUUCUGAAGCUAAAAGGCUGAUUGGAUACUCACCAAUUAUAUCCUUGGAGGAUGGUGUUACGAUAACUCUGGAAUCAUUCUCACAAUUAGCUAAAGGCUCGGCAUAUUCAAAGAAGCAAGAUUUUACCACCCCUUCAAAAGCAGAUAAACUGUUAGGAAGUGGAGUAGUUGCUGAUAUAUUGCUGUGGCGAGAUGAACGGAAGACUUUUACAUAUAUCCUUUCAUCUUAUCUGCUGUUUUACUGGUUCCUCCUGUCUGGAAGAACUUUUAUCUCAUCAACUGCCAAAAUCCUAUUGCUGGUUGCAGUCAUUCUCUUUGUCCAUGGCUUUCUACCUUCAUCCAUGUUUGGUUUCAAUCUGCAGAAGAUGCCUUCAUCUUACUUUCAAGUCUCAGAAUCAACUGUGAGACAAUCAUUUAUCACCAUGGCAGCUCCAUGGAACAAAGUAAUUUCUCUGUUGAAGUUACUAGCCCAAGGCGAUGACUGGAACAUUUUCUUCAAGGCGGCUGGUUUUUUAUGUGUGAUCAAGUUGCUUUUGCCUUUUUCACUAUCGGCAUUGAUUGGUGUUGGUUUGACAUGCUUGUUUAGCCUCUUCAUAAUAUAUGAACAAUGCGAAGAGGAGGUUGACAAACUAGUAUCAACUGUAUCUGCUGGAAUGAGGAAGUUGAAGGUAACGAUGGUUGCUAAUCUACCUAGUUUCUUGAUGAUGUAUUUGCAAGAGUUAAAAAAUUGAGGACGACUGCUUAGGGCCUCCAAUAUAGCACCACGAAAGUCAUUCACUUGCUGUUGGAUAUCAAUUGAUCAGCUCUGGUCUCAAACUAGAAAGUUUGACAGAAGAAUUCUGAAUUCGCCAUGCAGGGAUACUUUCAAAUGUUGAUCCAUAUAGUUCUCGCUGUUCUGUCUUCAUAUUGCUAAUUGUAAAUCAAACGUUUUGAUGACAUUUUGAUUUGGAUUUUUUCCCCUUUUGUCUUCUCGGAUUACUUGAAUUUGCAUAUUACUGAGUGCAAGACAUUCUCGAGUCUGGCUUGUAUCUUAAAUUUACACAAACUUUAAGGAUGUCUGUAGAUGGAUAAUAACCGCUGUUAAAAAUGGCUGCUUGUUGAUAAUCGAUAUGAUAUUUUUUUUUUGGG